AUGAAUGGUGCCCCUUCCCCGGAGGACGGGGCCUCCCCCUCCCCUCCCCCUUUGCCACCACCCCCUCCCCCGAGUUGGCGGGAGUUCUGUGAGUCCCACGCCCGGGCUGCCGCCCUGGAUUUUGCCAUGGUUUUAAGCCUCCACCACCACCCCCAGUAUGCAGGGCCCGGGGCUGAGGCUGCCUUCUCCCGCCGUUUUGCUGAGCUCUUCCUGCAGCAUUUUGACUGGACUCACCGAUUUGAGAGGCUGAGACUCCGAGAGAGGUAGAGAGGCGGGGGGGGAGCCUUGAAGGAUGGAGCGAGGAUGGUGCAGAGGAAGAGCUGCUGAUUUCAUGAGGGGGCUGAAAAGCUGAGACCCAGCCUUGAGAGUGGGCAGGGGAGGAGAGGGGCAACUGGGCCCUGCCCUCCCAGGGGAGGAGGGGCAGCCUCCAGUGGCAGAAUCCAAACUUGCUGCUUGAGAAGUGAAGGAGAAGGAGGAGGGAGGAGGAGGCGUCUGGAGUUCUUUGUACCGCCCAAGGUGAGGCCCGAGGGGAGACCCUGCCCACUUCUACCCCAUGACCCUCCCCUGGCCCCUGGGACCUCAUUCACUAAGGAGAACACAGACAGCCUGGAGCUGCCUGCCCUCAAUCACUCCAGAGAGGCCUGCCCAGCCAGGAUCUUGCUGCUUUCUCCCAGCCUGUCCCUCCUCCUUGUUUUCCAGGGGCUUCACGGGGCCUCUCCAGACCGCCCUCGGCGUCCCAUCUCCCCCAGCUCCGCCUCCAUAGCCUCCCAUUUUGACUCCAUGGGCCUACUUCCCCAGGAUUGCCCCCGUAUCCCCAUCGAAGAGGGACUGCUGGCGGGAGGCACAGGCUCCCAUGGCGUCUUCCUGGUACGUCAGAGUGGCGGAAGAAUCGUCCUCACUUUCCAGCAGGGCAAGGCCAAGGUGAGUGAGGAAGAGAGUCUGCGACGCGCACACUUGUGGUUCCAGUAUUUCAUUAUGCUCGAGCAUUUCCGCCCCAUCCCCUCUGGAGUCUGGAGGCUCCCAGUGAUUCUUGUCAGCAUGGAGUGUCACUCCCAGCGACAGCAGGAACCGAACACCUCCCAUGACCCACCCCAGCCCCCUGAACCCCCUUCAUGGACAGAUCCCCCACAUCCUGGGGCAGAAGAGGCGUCGGGGGCGCCAGAAGUGGCGGCAGCAGCAGCCGCAGCAGCCAAAGAGAGGCAAGAGAAAGAGAAAGCGGGCAGUGGAGGGGUCCAGGAAGAGCUGGUCCCCGUGGUUGAGCUGGUCCCCGUGGUUGAAUUGGAAGAGGCCGUAGCACCAGGCACGGAGGCCCUGGGAGGCGCUGGAUCUGGUGGGGACCCCGGGGCCACCCCAAUGGUGCAGCUGCAGCAGUUACCACUAGGGGGCGAUGGAGAAGAAGGGGGCCAUCCCAGAGCCAUUAAUAACCAGUACUCCUUCGUGUGA